GUCCAGUUUCGUUCAUAUUCAAACUCAGUGCGGUCAUGUCGGGAAAUCGCAGUAAUAUUUCUGUACUUCUGUUCGCCGCUAUAGCAGCCCUCCAUUUGGUGAUUGUACAGGGACGAAUAAUAGUAAAUGAUUAUUAUGACCAAUACCAAUAUCAAAAUUAUCAACCCGUAGUGGGAUUUCGUCAACCUAUUGUCGUAAAAGAAGAACCGAAGAAAGAUCAAGACUUUAGCAAGAUUCCUGGAAUCCCUGGAAUAGAUUUUCCUCUUUAUCACACAGUGCCACCUACAAGUUUUUCUUGCGCACAUGUUCCGGUCGUACCAGGAAUGUACGCAAACGUAGAAACUGGUUGUCAGGCAUAUCACAUUUGCCAUGAUGGACGUGAAGGGCAUCAGGGUGCCUCCUUUUUAUGCACCAAUGGAACGCUUUUUAAUCAAAACGAAUUUGCAUGUGAUUGGUGGUACAAUGUCAAUUGCGCUGAUGCACCAUCUCUUUAUAGGGUAAAUGAAGACCCGUUGAAGAAUCCGUACGUACCACAGGAAACAAAAGACGCAAUUCGAAAGAGAUUGAAGAUCGUCGUACUUUAAAUCGUGUAUCAAAUUAGCUAUAUAGCUGAUUAA